GUUCAAUUUCUAAACUUUAAUAUAUGAAAUAAAUAAAAUGUCAAACUUUUCUGAAGGUGCUUUAAUAAAAAAAUUAGCCGAAUUAAAUCCUUCACAACAAAGUAUUCAAACGUUAUCGUUGUGGCUAAUACAUCAUAGGAAACAUCAUGCAGCAAUUGUCAAAGUUUGGUUCAAAGAGCUACUUAAAGCCAAAGAUAGUCGAAAACUUACAUUUAUGUACCUUGCAAAUGACGUCAUACAAAACAGUAAGAAAAAAGGACCAGAAUUCGGACGUGAAUUUGGUAGUGUAUUAAGAAAAGCCUUCGAACACAUGGGACAAACUGGAUAUAAUGAAAAAAUUAAGGCAAGUUUGGGACGGGUCCUACAAAUUUGGGGUGAACGUGGUGUGUACGACCCAAAACAAAUUAAAGAAUUCACACAAGCAUUUGCUACGCCAGCUAAUAGUACUGCAGCAGCUGGUGGUGAUGCUGCACCUCCACCGACUAAAAAAAGUAAGACUGAACAUGUAGAUAAAAAUUCAAAUAAAGCGGAAAGGAAAUCAAAAUCACCGGCUAAAGAACGCAAACGAUCUGAUUCAGCUGAAGUUACAGUUAAAAUUGAUGGAACAUUGGAAACACAUGUUAAACUUAGUCCACACACUCCAGCAGGAGAUCCACCGGAACCUGAAGAAUUAGUUCGUGCUUUACAAGAAUUAGAAAAUGCUGCAUCAAGUGAUGCAGCCGUUAGAGAACGAAUUGCAUCACUUCCACCAGAAGUUUCGGAAAUUGGAAUGUUAGCAUCGUUGCAAGAUCGAGAAAGUGCUGAACGAUUAAGUGCCCAAGUGAGUGAAGCAAUUGGUUUGCUACUUGAUUACAAUUCACGUUUAGCUGCUGAAUUAGAUGGUAGAAAAAAAGUUGCCGCCAUGUUAAGAGAUUUCACACAGGCGCAACAAGAAUUACUUGCACAAGCUGAACAGCGUUUAGAGGAAUACACAGAAAAAUUACAAAAAGUACAUGCGAUUAAACAAGAAGUCAAAUCGCAUAUACAAAAUUUACCAGAUCUAACACAACUACCGGAUGUAACAGGUGGUUUGGCUCCAUUACCGUCUGCUGGUGAUUUGUUUAGUAUUUGAUAAAAAAAAAGGACAGCAACAACUGAUUAAAAAAAAAAAAUAAUGCAGCCCACAAUAAACCAUUCAAGUUUUUUUUUAUUAAUGCCAAAUCACCGCCGCCGUGUCCACUAAUCCUAUGUUAUUUUUUUUUUAUUUAGAAUUUGACACACUCAGGAGUUGAGCCAUAAUUUUUAAACAAAAAUAUUUUAAACAUGUAAAUUUAUUCAUUAUAUUAAAUAAAGAGUGGUAUUAUUUUCCUUCAGGUCCGUGCGUACUAGAGAAAUAUUUUGGGAAUCCUUCUUUUCACGAAUUAAUUAACUGAAUAAAUCUGUAAAAAAAAAAUUCUAUGUACGCUGGACUUUGAGAAAAUUAUUAUUUAAGUAAUUGUAAUUUAAUUUUUGGACGAUAAAAUGUUGAGAAACUCUGAUAUUGAAAUUGUUAUUUAAUGAAAAUUUAACCAAAAGGGGAAAAAAACACCCUACACCCUGUGCAAACAUUAUGGAAAAACACUUUCGAUGAUCAUAAGCCAGAUGUCGAUACUCAAAAAUAGGCCAUAUGAAUCAAAAGGGAAUUUUGAAUUAAAAAUCGAUUUUACGGGGUUAUGUUCGAAUGCUUUCAAAAUGUUAUUUCAUAAAAUUUGUGCAGGGUCCUUGUCAUACGACUCUGUUUUUUUUUUCUUCUACAAAAAUUAUUUUAUUAGCAAUUUCGCACGUGUGAGUUUAUUUCGCAGUCCCGUUUUGUGUGACUCGCACCGUGUCUUUAUAAAAAUUGUAUGCACAAUUUAGUAACACUUCUAUACUAUAAAAUUGGCACCAGUUGCCAUUUUGAAGAGUAUACUAAAGGACUCUGGGAUCAUUAUAUCUGGAGAAUUUGGGAAAAUAUUCUUCUUGUUAUUUUGAACAAAUGUCUCUCAAUGGGCACAAAUCUCGCCACCGUUUUUGAGAUAUUGCAUGUCAAAAUUCCUGAUUUUCAUUGAAUUUGUAGAGGUGCUAUAUCAUGAUGCAAUUGCCAAAGUUACCGGGGUCGUUUCAGAUUGAACAUAUAAUUAUUUAUCUCUUGAGUAAUUUAUAUUUUCUUAACAUUAUCCCUCCCCCCUAAUCGUUGGAUACUGAAAUAAAGAUUAAAAAAAUUAUCGACAAGGUCUGUAAAAAUUAUUUAAUAAGUAAGUAAAAAGGUCUAAAGAAAAGAAAACUACGAACAUGGAGAAAAACAUGAUUUGCUUCACUUCAAUACGAUAUUUUUCUUUAAAUAAUUUCCGCAUUAGUGUUAGGAUCUACAUUUUCCAGAUCGUGAUUUCAACCUAAUGUUAAUUUAAAAAAAUGUAUGGAUCUCAAAGUGAACAAGUCUUUAAAUGGUUUUGUAAAUUGUUUUUUUUUUUUUUGCAUUCUUUCAAAAAUCUUUCAGCAAAUUUAAUAUGACUGCCAAAAAAUAAACAAAACAAUUAUUUGGAUAAAUAUCCAAUAAAAAUUGUAAAAUAAAAUUUUUUAAACAACUGCACCCGGACACCAACUGUCAAAUUUGUUGUGUUUUUUUUCCCCCAAAGUGUGCGUUGUAAGUGUAAGUUGUGGAAGCUUUUAUGUUCAAAUUCAAGACUUAUAUAAAGUUUUCCUACGAGGAAAUUUAAUAGGUUUACGAAAACAGCUUCGCAAAUUUUCAGCCAAUUUUCACCUGAUCUAAAACUUAAUAUAAAUCUUAGAGGUGCGAACAUCAAAGCUUCCACAAUACACUUAAUAUUACAUAAACUGUCCCGCAAAAGUGGCGCAGAUAUAUCUCGGUGAAAAAUGAUUGAAUCUGAAUGAAAUAUAAAUGAUUCGAUAGAUUGUACCUUCUAGAUUUUGAAUCAAUAUUUCAAACAUUUUUAUCGUUCCUUACAGAGGGAUAUAGCAGUUUAAAGUGAAAAGUGUCUAAUUUGCUUUGUUGACGAAUAACUCGAACUAAGAAGUUCGUAUAAAGAUCAAUAUAAAAUUUUUUUAAAGAGAAAUAAACAAGCUUUCGAUUGAAAAUACUCAAUUUCUUGGUAUAAAUACUAAUACACCCUGCGUACGCUUUUAAAAUUCACAUCAAAUUAAUAAAAAUGUUCUAAGCAUUUCAGCCCUA